AUGGUCCCCAUCCCUCGCCGCGGCGUGGACUACCGCGGCAAGAUUGUCCUUGCGCCAAUGGUGCGCUCUGGAGAACUUCCCUCCCGUCUCCUGGCAUUAAAGUACGGCGCUGACCUCGUGUGGGGCCCCGAAACUGUUGACCGCGCAAUCAUCGGCACGACAAGACGGUACAACGAGGCUACCCAGACGGUCGAAUGGUUUCGGGUUGCUUCCCACGGACAGAAAGAGCCGCCGCCAGACGCAAAGGAAAACAUCAUCUACGCCACUCACCCCGAGAAGGAGAAGAGCAGGCUCAUCUUCCAGAUUGGCACGUCGGACCCGGACCGCGCACUGCAAGCCGCAAGAUUGGUCGCGGCGGACGUUGCUGGCAUUGAUGUCAAUGCCGGAUGCCCCAAGCCCUUUAGCACCAGCGGUGGUAUGGGCGCUGCCCUGCUGCGAACUCCAGACAAGCUAUGCGCCAUUCUAGAAACGCUUGUCAAGAACAUCACCCCCGAAUUCGAAAUCGGUAUUAGCGUCAAAAUUCGCAUUCUUGAAACGCCAGCUGAGACCGAGGCCCUGGUCAGAAGACUCGUUGCCACGGGCAUCACUGGCCUCACAGUCCAUUGCCGAACCACACCAAUGCGUCCCCGAGAGCGUGCCAUUCGCGGCCAGCUGCGUAUGGUUGCCGACAUUUGCCACGAGGCCGGUGUGGCGUGCUUGAUGAAUGGCGAUGUGGAGUCCAGAGACCAAGGUCUAAAAUUGGCACAGGAAUACGGCGCAGAUGGCGCCAUGAUUGCCGUAUCUGCGGAGAAGAAUCCUAGUUGCUUUAGGGCUGAGGCUGAUGGAGGCCUCGCUCCCUGGGAAGAGGUCGUCAAGGAAUACGUCAAGACGGCCAUGGAUGUCGAGAACCGAUUCGGCAACACAAAGUAUCUCUUGGCCCAGAUGGUUCCCGGGAAAGCCGGGCUCCACCAGCCCUUGACUCAAAGCAAGAAUUAUACAGCCGUUUGCCAGAUGCUGGGUCACGAGGAAUUUAUGGAGCAGGCCCAGGAAGCAGACGUCAGACGAGGGUUGGACAAGCCGCCAGUCAAACAGUCGAAAAAGAAUAAAUCAAACGCCACUGCUUUGGCCGCCGGCGGACAGACUGGCCAAGCAAGAGUCAAGACACAACAGAAAAAGGCGCUAUCCGAGCGAGUAGCUAAUAGUGCGCAACCGGAAAUGGAGCUGAAACCCAUCAUUUCUGUUUGA